CAAAAAUUUCAGAACCAAAACAGAAACCCGAUCUGGGUUUCUCUCUCUCUCCCGAGCUCCCGCGCCCCCUCACCUUCACCGGCCGAUAUCUCCCACGUCCGACCACCAAUUGACUUGAUUCCAAAAGGGAUUUUGCUCGCCUUGAGCUCGCCUACAACUUUGCAGAAGGAAUCAACACACAAUUCCUUUUGUAGAUCGAGUUAUAAGCUCGGGAAGCCGCGCGACCGAGCCGGAAAUCGCCUCCCGUCGCCUCACUCCGUUCUCCCUCCUCAGGCCACCAUUUACUUCGAUUCAAAAAGGGUUCUGAACCUCAAGGGACGUAGAUCAUUUCCCCCAAGGUGGUUUGCAUCGAAUCGAUCUGUGGAGAUCGAAUUGGAUCGAUUUCAAAACUAGGGUUCAUCGGGUUUCGCUGGCUUCAAAGGUGAUUGACGGAUCGAUUGGUGGAUAAUUUCAGAUCGUUAUUUUUGGGUCGUUAAGAAGACGCAGCGGGAUUAGAGAUAGAUUUCCAAAAAUAGAAACCCGUCCCUCUCUUCUCUCUCUUCGAUCGGAAAUCGUCUUCUCACUUACAACGGCGAUAUCUCCACCGUCCGGCUGACCCACACCUCUCCAGCAUGCUGCGACGAUUCGCCACUUCCUCCUCCACCUUCCCGUGGUCGUCUCGCACCCUCUCACGGCCCGUAGUAGCCGCUGCCGGAGAAACACGAUCCAAAACCCAGAAUUGGGUCAACGCGGUUUUCUCCUACCUCCGGCCACCAUAGCUCGAGAUACCUUGCUUUCUAGAACCUCCAGAAGACGGUGAUCAUGCUCCAAGAAGGAUCGGACCUAAAGUGACCCGUGGACGGAGAACGAAGCCUCGCCGGAAAACUGGGCGAAAACUCCGACCACCGUAGCUUUCGAGGUGAUUGACGGAUUUGUAUUGGAUGGACGAUUGUGAUUGUGAUUUUGAGCUGUUAAGAAGAUGCAGCUGGAUUAGAGGUGAUGGAUCCUCAGAGAGGCAGGGUCAGGGGUAGCGGCAUGGUUACCCCUAAAGAGGAGUUCUAUCUUGAGAAGGAGGUGGUGCAACCUGUUCCAUCUAUUGUUGAGACAGUAGAUGCUACUCAACUAACUAGGCUGACUAGGGAGGUCACUAAACUGGGGGCAGUGGCGUUUCAGGGUGGUACAGAUUACUUGUUGGCCGAUCAGUGGAUUGAGAACAUGGAGACCUACUAUGAUAUGGUCGUCUGUACCGACAUGGAGAAGAAGAUUACAGCUACGUUCCUUCUCCAGGGUGAGGCAGGACGGUGGUGGGAUUCUGUGAUGAAGACUAGGAACAUAUCGACCAUGACUUGGGAGGGUUUUGUGGAACUCUUUCGGGACAUGUACCUUCCCACUUCUAGGAGGGAGAAAUUAGAGGUUGACUUUAUUUCUCUAAUCCAGGGGACUAUGAGUGUCAAGGACUAUGAGGCUCGGUUCUCACAGUUGUACCGGUUUGUUAGGCCGAUGGAUCCAGUGUCUUUGGCUCGGAAGUUCCAACGGGGACUGAACCUGGUGAUCAGAGAUUGGGUGACUCCUUUUCAGUUGCCUACUGUGGCACUUAUCUUUGCUAGUGCUCUUGGAUUUGAACAGGAACUUCUGACGUCUCGAGGGGAGAUGACUACUAUGGGAGAUUCACGAGGAAGGGGAAAGGUAGUUGUGGAGAGCAGUAGUGAGCCAGAUACUCAGGGUGGGUCCUGGAAGAGGCGGAGGACUCAUCAGCAGGAGCCCGCUAGGGUAGCAGCUGCACUUGUUGGGCAGGUAGCACACCUGAGAUGUUUCAACUGCGGCGAGUUAGGCCAUGUUUCCAGAGCGUGCACGAAGCCGAGGAGCAAGGUAUGCUUUAGAUGUGGCCAGACUGGGCAUGUAGCCAGAGAGUGUACCAGACCUCAGGCUAGUGGGCAGGGGACCCAGUAGAGACAGCCGCCUCCGUGGACGGACUAGAGUGUUUCCUAUUAGUUAGCAGAGUUCAGAGUGUGGUGAUGUGUGCUGGUUACGUGAUACGUCUUUCAAUGUGUGGCAGUGGAAUCUCUACCACUUUGAUUGUGUGUGCAAUGUCAUGUGUGGUUUUGGUGUUGCUUUUGUGUUGGUUGGUCGAGGCUUGACCUUAGUGUCAUUUUGUGUUCUGAAGUAGUAGGACACUUAUUAAGUGGUGAUGCUUGCUCUAUUGUCUUUAUGAUUGAGUUUUCUGUGUAGUGUUGAUGCAUAGAAAACUGAUUGUGACUUUGUGAAAUGAUGACUGUAAAGGAACAUUGUAUUGUUGAUUUGAGUUGAAA